AAUGAGGCAUACUGUGAAUCUAAUGUGCAGAAGAGAUGGCAGAGUUUUCUUUGAAUAUUCAGAAACAUAUUAAGGCAGGUCUUAUUGUGAGUGGAAAAUUCGAUGGAUCGCACGCGUGUCUUGCGGCUGCUACACCUGGUGGAAACAUUUUGGUGCACAGUCCUCAUAGGCAACCGCAGAUCGAUUACUCCGAUCACAAACAAUCCAACAAAAGAUUAUCGUGGAGCGGGGAACUUGCGGAGCUUCAAAUUGGUACCGAGGUCAAAUCAUUAUGCACUGGUCGUCUCGGAGAGGAUGAAAGGGAUAUUCUUUUGAUCGGUACUGUUUCUCAUGUGCUUGCAUAUCAUGUUGAAGACAAUGCUGAUGUCUUCUACAAAGAAAUGUCGGACGGCGCGAAUUGUAUAAUUGUUGCGAAAGUUGGAUGGCUACCUAAUCAGGUUGCAAUAGUAGGUGGCAAUUGCUCAAUCACAGUUUUAGAUGCGCAGGGUACAGAAAUAUUUUGGACAGUGAUGGGAGGCAUCGUCACUUCAUUGGCAGUGCUUGAUUUCGAUGGAGAUGGCGAGAAUGAGUUAUUGAUCGGUACAACGGAUUUUGAAAUUAGAGUGCAAAAGCAGGAUACCAUGCUUUGGGAAACUAAAGAAACGGCAACGAUUGUUGCUCUCACUGAUCUUUCAAACAGACAGUUUGCUUAUGCUGUUGACAAUGGAACAAUUGGCGUCUAUGAAACAGGACAGAGACUGUGGCGAGUUAAGUCAAAGCAUAAAGUGGUAUCCGUAGGAACUUUUGAUAUAAACGGCGAUGGUAUACUAGAGCUGAUAACUGGUUGGAGUAGCGGGAAAGUGGAUGCAAGAACAUACAAUACUGGCGAAGUCAUGUUUAAGAUUCAGCUGUCAUCUGGUGUAGCGGGUAUAGUGGAUGCUGAUUAUCGUAGAACGGGCAAGCCUGAUUUAGUGGUUAUUUCUACUAACGGCGAAGUACGUGGAUAUAGUGCUGGGUCCAUAAUACAAACUCCAGAACCUGGAGAGAUAAUACGUGAAUUAUUAGCUAGAAAGCAAGCGCUUCAAAUGGAAUUACGACAAAGGGCUGCGACUGGUUCCAAUAUGUAUUACGGAUCAAGAUUAGCCAUCAGUCUGCUGACACAAAGGGGUGCAGCUCGCGUUGCGCUUGCUGCUGGACCCGGACUUUUGGUACAUUGCGCUAUAGUCUUUGCUGAGGGUGUUUUUGAAGGUGAAACGCUGGUAACGCAUCCUAACCGGCCACAAGGAGAAUUAGAGAUCGCUCUUUAUCCUUCCAAGAAUGAUCCUGUAGACAUUCAUGUUAAAGUGUACGUUGGUCCUCCUGGUGCCGACUUAUUGCAGGUUUUUGAAAUAACACGGCAGCUGCCAAAAUUUUGUAUGUACGAGCUCAUCCCAAAACCGCAACAUGUUUCGGAAGAAUUGUCGAGUAAUGGCGUUGUAACAGACGUCGCAGAGAGGCCUCAGCGCAUCGCCAUUUGGUUAAACCAGAGUCUCAUCCUGGGAGAGGAAUUGGAGAUCGCAGAAAGUGGUCCGAAUGCCGGAUGCAUCGAAGUGUGGCUUCGUGGGAUGCGGGAUAACCAAAUACACUGCUUCAAAUCGAAUGCCAAUGGAAAAGUAACGAUCCAGACGGAUGAUUCAACAUUUGCCGGCGAUAUUAUUCAAUCUCUCGCCAUGUAUUUAGGUGUCAGAGAGCUGACCUCAGAAGCCACAUUUCCAGCGGAAGAGAGCAGAAUGCUGGACGCGUUGGAUCGUGUCAAGGGUUUGAAGGAAGUCGAUGCGCGGCUCCAGGCGGAAGCUGCGGGCGGCGCCAAUCUUCUGAAGAGUAUCGUGAUUCGUUUAGAAGACGCUAGGAUCCUCGAGAAUAUUGACGAAAUGCGAAAAAGACUGAUGCAAUUGAAAAACAUCAAUGGCGACUUGAUCCGAGAACAUGAGAUUCGACUGAACAGUCAUCGAGAGCUUGCGGCCAGUCUGAAAGAAUUGAAUAUCGGUGUGCAGCGUGUAGCAAGACUCAGAGUCGGGAAAGCUGCCUCCAACGCGGUGUCUCGUUGCAGAACGGCGAUACAAGACGAAAAUUCAAAAGCUCUUGCGCUCGCGAUAAGGCACGGGUAGGCUAAAUACAGAAAAGCCACAGGAUAAUCGUUAUGCAAUAAAAUCAUCGAUUUUGUAACUGCAUAAUGUGUGAUGAUUUUCUUUAUGUAAUAUAUUUCAAAAGAGCCAUGGCAUUUAUUCUGUGUAUAUAUAAAUUUGCAUUAUUGACAAAGAU